GUCAUCCACUAACGGACUCACUCCAGCAUCAACAUGCCUGAUCCCGUGAAAGCACCGAAGAAGGGCUCCAAGAAAGCCGUCUCCAAGAGCGUCUCUAAGACCGGCAAGAAGAAGAGGAAGACCAGGAAGGAGAGCUACGCCAUCUACGUGUACAAGGUGCUGAAGCAGGUCCACCCCGACACCGGCAUCUCCUCAAAGGCCAUGCAGAUCAUGAACUCGUUUGUCGGUGACAUCUUUGAGCGCAUCGCCGGGGAGUCUUCCCGCCUGGCUCAGUACAACAAACGCUCCACCAUCACCUCCAGGGAGAUCCAGACCGCCGUCCGCCUGCUGCUCCCCGGGGAGCUGGCCAAGCACGCCGUGUCUGAGGGCACCAAGGCCGUGACCAAGUACACCAGCUCCAAGUAAAUCCGCUGUUGGUACCAACUACACAAAGGCUCUUUUCAGGGCCACACACUGAUUCAACUAAGAGAACAAUUCCAAAGAUUUAAGUUGUCUCACAAAACAGUCAAACUAUUUACAAUACAAUGGUUUUAUGAUUUUUUUUUUAUUUUAUUUUUUAUUUUAUAAAAAAUAAAGUUAUGCAAAUGUAUAUCUACCAGUUGUGCUUCUUGGUGUUGCCUUCACACUACUACAUUGUUAAAUGUUAUCCCAUUCUGUAUAAAGCUGUAGUUAUCCAAUGUUUAAAUCUGUGAAAUUUACUUAUUCCACUAUAAUCAAUUUAUGAUUUACUUUUUUUUUUUUUCCCUCUUCACAUAGUAAAAAUAUAACAUCCACCCAACAAUUGUCUGCUGAGCUGGUCCCUUUCACUGUAAUUAAAUAUGCUGGAUUAGCACAUGAUGACACAGAAAAAAAAAUAACCUACACACAAUUAUUGUUGCGGUUAACAUCACAGUUCCUUUACACAGGAUGAAACUGUAAAAAGUGCCAGUUAAAAUAUAAUCCAUGUACUCUUAUUAAAAUAAAUUAUAAACAAACGUGUUUUUGUUCAGACAUGCAGGUGUACACAAAACACUGAAUAUCAUGACAAAGACAUCAAGUCUAAAAUAUGUGAUAUGUAAAAGUCUGGAAAAUCACAUC